CCGUGACCCGGAAGUAGAAGCUUGUUUGCUUUGAGGCAGAGAGCGCUGUCUGUGAGGGCUGCACCGGCCGAGAUGUAGCUGUGUAUAAUGUCACCCAUUAAAAUGAAAGAAUGUAGAUUCCUUCUAAUUAGCUGAAUAAUCUAACAAUCAAGAUGAACAGCAUAACCCAGCUUUUUAAUGACCUUUGUGAAUCUCACAUGGUGGGGUUCCCAUGGACAACGGGAAUUGGUACCAGAAAGAGGAACAAGAAUAGGACCAAACAAAGUCUUAAGAGGCUGGCCUAUGACUCGCUUUUUGUCCACUUAUUUCAAGAGGAGGUCCGUAGGCUGCAGCCGAAUGCCACAAAACUCCCAGUGAAAAAUAAGAUGCUUAUGUUGUCUUUUAAUCUACGUAUGGGUGGGAUGGAUUUAGAGGCUGAGCGGCUAGAAGAACUAGUGGAACAUCUAGAAAAGACCAGUGGCACUCAAGUUGGGGAUGUUUAUGCAGUUCUUGAGCUUUUAAUAGAUCUUGCAGGAACUGGACCACCUCAGGUUCUUCCACCAAAACGAGAUCUCUUCCAAAAUAACAAAUAUGUGGGGAGAAAACCACGCUACCAUGGCUAUGAUUACUAUGAUGUUAGCAUAUUUGAAGCUGACAUUGGGACAUUUCUGGCUCAUCAAGAGUGUGAGAUAAGCAACACUGUGCACAGAACCCUUCAGAUAAUGGAAGGAGAACCUGGUACUGGUCUUCCAGCCAUAGGCCUCUUUUCUCAGAACUUUACCACCAUUGACAAAUUUGAAAGAGACACUCGUGUGUCACUUUUUGGGGCACUUGUUCACAGUCGAACAAAUGACAUGGAUAUUAAGCUGGAUUUGCCUCCUGUGCCAGACAGCGCAGACCUUUCCGGACUGGCUAUAAAAGUUCCGCAGAGUAUUGACCAGUCUGAAGAUGAAGGUUUCCAGUCUGCUUCAAAUAUGACCCCAGAUUCUCAGUCCGAGCCAAGCGUGACCCCUGACAUGGGAGACUUAUGGGAGGCAGUUCUCACCUAUGGACCCAGCAAACGUCGCUGCUGGGAAAGAAUUGGUUGUCCACCUGGCAAGAGAGAAGAUCCGUACCUUACCGAAGCAGGACGGGAAGCUUUUGACAGACUAUAUAAAAUCUAUGAAGGGACUCUGCAAAUCCUGAAUAACACGGUCCCUCAGCCAUCACAAAAUGUCAUGGUUACAGAACCAGAGCUGGUGAAGGAUGCGCUCAAUGCUCUUCUUGGUGUUGUGUCCUCUACAUUCUCUUUUAAUCAGUCCACUCAAGCUUUUAUAGUGAAACAAGGAGUGUACAUAUCUGGAACAACUCCCGAGAACAUCAGCAAUCUGUUGACCCAGGUUGGGGAAUACGGGACCUAUUACACAAGACUGAGCUGCUUCUCGUUACAGACUGUUCUGGACUCGUCACAUAGUAAUGGACUUGUUUUUCAGGCUUUUACAAGUGGCCUUAGGAAAUACCUGCAGUAUUAUCGCGCAUGUGUUUUAUCAACUCCUGGAACACUUACGUUGCUCACAAUCAGCUUCCUUUUUAGGAAAUUAGGACGUCAGCUAAGAUACCUAGCAGAGCUGUGCUGCAUUGGGACGCUGGUCUCUGGUGUGAGCAGGGGAAAUAGUGCUUCCUUUCCCACCGGAGUCAAACUGCUUUCUUAUCUCUAUAAGGAAGCUCUUGAAAAUGGCAGCAAUGAGAAUUACCCAGUCUUGUUAUCACUAUUGAAAACUUGUUGUGAGCCUUACACAAGAUUUGUCUACGAUUGGGUAUAUAGUGGUGUUUUCCGUGACGUCUGCGGGGAAUUUAUGAUUCAAGUGAAUCAAGACUUUCUUGGCUUUCGAGAUCGACGCUACUGGACACAUGGAUAUACUUUCAUUUCCAAGGAAGUGGAAGACUGCGUUCCUGUGUUUUUAAAGCACCUUGCUAACGAGAUAUACAUUUGUGGGAAAACUAUAAACUUAUUGAAACUGUGCUGCCCCAAGCAUUACAUUUGCUGGUCUGAUAUCCCAGUGCCCAGAAUAUCUGUAACAUUUUCCUUAGAGGAGCUGAAGGAAAUGGAAAAGGAUUGCGCUGUGUAUGUUGCUCAAAUGGAGAGGAUCGCACGCUAUAGCUCUAUCAGCAGAGAGGAGAAAAUUUUGCAAACUGAAAUUGCGAAGCAUGAACUAAUUAUCCAGGCUCAUGAGACCGCAGAAAAAGUCAUGGAAACGUUUAAAGAUCAACGAUUAGCAGAGAAGAAAUAUCUGAAUACAAAGAAGAGUGAACUGUUUAUUAAAUUGAAAGAGCAAUACGAAAAGGACCAAGAGCGGAGACUUGCCGCCAAACAAGAAGAAGCAGAUGAUGAUUUCAGUUAUGCGCGGGAGAUGCGAGAUCGCGAGAAGAGGCUGAAGGCUUUGGAGGAAGAGCUAGAGUCAAAGGCCAAGCAGGAGCUAAUAGAACAUUACAGCAGAUUGUCAGAAGAAGCCACUCGUAAAGAACAAAAAGCACUCUGGAAACUCCAGCGCCAUAAACUGGAAACUGCUCGCUUGUCUUUUUUUAUGGAGGAAGAAAGACGUCUGCAGGAUUUAAUUGCACAUAUUCCAGUAAAUGCUUCUAGAGAAACAUUGGAUAUUUUACCGCACGUGAAGACUGUCCGGAUUGAAGAACACACCUUAGAUGAUGUUUUAGGCGAUGAUGCUCACAAGGAUGUUAAUGUUGGAAAAUCUAAAGAAGAUCUACUUGCCUCCAGUAACGAAACACCAACUCCACCGAUUUCGCAAAGUGACAGUGUAACCGUAGCAGAAACUGUAGUUGCAAGCAGCAAUCCGGCUUCAUUAUUAGUAAGCCCCUCAUUGGAACCCAGCUGUUGUACGCCUGAUGUGGACAUUGCAGAUUUCAUUCCAGCUUCACCAUGUGGGGAGCUGCAGGUUGAACUUAAUGUAGAACUGUCUCUUGUUGACGAUGCUUUAAAAGAUAUUGGUUCAGAUAUUUCUAAGGACACGGAGAUCACAGAAACUAUACCUGCAGUAGAGGAGGAGGGCAGUUCUCCAAAUGAUUAUGAUUUUAGCACCGUUCUAAAACCUGUAGCAUUUACUCAUGUCUCUCAAGGACAUGUCAUAAUUGGGGAAAAUAUGCCCGAUGCCCAAUCUACAAGGCCACGUUGGAAUAUUCAUGGACAUGCAUCAGAUGCUAGCAUUAAAAUCGGCAACUACAUUCCAGAUGGCAAAAUAUUGCAUCCGCAGGCCAGCCAGUAUGGACAUUCGUCAGAUUCGCACAUUGAUAUUGGCGCUUAUGUGUCGAACAUAGAACCUGGUCUGCCCCUGUCUAAUAUUCACGGCCAUGUCUCCUCUGGACACAUUAUGGUAGGGCAAUAUGCUUCUGAUGUAGAGGUACCACAACCAAGACAGAAUAUCCAUGGACAUGCCUCCCAGGCCAACAUAAAGGUUGGUGAGAAUGUUUCAGAUGUUCAACAAUCAAGACCACGGUGGAAUAUUCAUGGACACGCGUCAGAUGCCCACAUAAAGAUUGGAGAGCACAUGACAGAUGUUGUAAGUUCACGACCUCGCUGGAACAUCCACGGUCAUGCUUCACAAUCACAUAUACAAAUUGGAGAACAUGUUUCCGAUGUUGAACCUUCAAAACCCCGUUGUAGCUCCUUUGGUCACGUGUCUCACUCCAGUAUCGAAAUUGGAGAGCAGGUACGCAAUAGUGACCGCACUGCAAAGCCAAGCCAGAAAUCUGAAUAUGGUCACUCUUCAGACUCCACUAUUCAAGGUCUAAUGUAUGGAGAACAGUCCAACCUCCGCAAAAAAAACAGCAAAGAACGUGAUGAAGUCAAAGAGCAGUCUUCAGAGCAUAGCAUUCCAUCUGAUGCUGAAACUGUGUUAUCACCAAGUGCAAUUGGAGGUGAUGAGAAGGAAAGAAAACCGACUGCAGAAAGUCUAGAGAAGGAGUCCGGGCUUAUUUCUUCGGUUUCCAUCCAGGAUGAUCAGAGUUCUGCUACUGCAUGUAAAGACAAAGCCCAGACUGAAUUAAAUGCUGUCCCUCCAUGUGAUGAUCUACAUCCUGCAUUGGAAGGAGAGGAAGUUACUGCUCCUGAUGAAACCUGGGAGAAAGAACAGCGGUAUCUCCAGGCCUUGGCAAACAAGUAUUGCCUGGAAAAAUACCAAGACAGUUAUGGUUUAAUGUCUGCUCCUCCAGUUCUCCAAUCUCUGAACAAAGGGAUUCUCAGACAGUUUGAAUUUCCUGUGGAUCCUGAUGUACAUUCAGCAACCGAUGAAACUGCAGUUCAGCUCAUUGAACUCCUGUCUCUCCCAGUGCUGAUGAAAUACUCUAUUACUGCUCCCAUGGUGUCUCAUGUUUCUCUUGUAAAUAAAGCCAUAGUAGAUUUCUAUUUUGUGGAACUGAACAUGGAGAAGCACUUUGAAGCUAUACGACAUUUCCUUCUGAUGGAAGAUGGAGAGUUUGCCCAAUCACUCAGUGACCUCUUAUUCGAAAAGCUUGGAUCAGGACAAACUCCCAGAGAGAUGCUCACUCCGUUGGUUCUGAAUUCUAUACUGAACAAAGCUCUGCAGUACAGUCUGCAUGGGGAUUCUCAUCUCGCAUUCAAUCUCUCGUUUGCACUCAAAUUCCUUCCAGAAAUGUUUACACCUACUGCCCCGGAUACAUUAAGCUGCUUGGAGUUAAAAUAUAAGAUUGAUUGGCCUCUGAGCAUUGUGGUAACCGAGUCCUGCAUGAAUAAGUACAAUAAGAUCUUCUCUUUUCUGCUCCAGUUGAAGCACAUGGUUUGGACUUUGCGAGAUGUUUGGUUUCAUUUGAAACGGUCCGCUUUAGUGAAUCAAGCCUCUUCUUCCAUUCAGCAUCGCCAGCUGCAACUUUACCGCCACGAAAUGCAGCACUUUGUGAAAGUUAUUCAGGGAUAUAUCGCCAAUCAGAUUCUGCAUGUCACAUGGUCUGAAUUCCGAAACAAACUGCGCACAGUCAGCAAUCUGGAAGAGAUUUACAGGACGCAUGCAGAGUAUCUUAACAAGGCCCUUUUUAGAGGGCUUCUCACGGAGAAAGCUGCCCCGUUGAUGAAUAUUAUCCACAGCAUUUUCAGCCUCAUUCUCAAGUUCCGCAUACAGUUAAUCUCUCAGCCGUGGACCUGUGACAAAGGGAAACAAAUGCCUACACACCCUAAUUUUGGAUUAAUGCAACAGUCUUACAAUACCUUCAAGUAUUACUCUGAUUUUCUUUUUGUAGUUGUAACAAAACUUGUAAACCGAGGAUAUCAACCGCAUCUGGAGGAUUUCCUUCUACGAAUCAACUUCAACAAUUAUUACAAAGAAAGCUAAGCACCGCGCACGUUUGGCCUUUUGUUUGUCAGUUCAAAUCUAUUUCUCCAAUCUCUCAUGUGUUUAUUUUUGUAAAUACACAUUUCUCAAAUAAAGUAUAAAAUAUAAUUGUGAUGAAAGUAAACAUAAAUAUAUAGGGUUUGUGAAUGGUGUUUUAUUUUUUUGAAAAUUGCGAUGCAUCAGUGAUAUUUAUUAUAAGCUAUAUAUUUUAUAUUGAUGGGAAGAGGAUUCAGAGAAAAUUUAAGGCUUUUAGGAAUACUUUAAGCACUAUUACCACAACAGCACUAGUGAGUAUGGUCCACUCUGCAGUGAGUAUGGUGCCAGGCGUCUCCUGUUGUCAUUCUUCAGUAAACUGUCAAACCGAUUAGGCAUGGUUUGAUCGGGCACCUGCGGUCCUUUCGGUCUUCACUGAUAUGCUAAUGCGGACAUUUAGACUUCUGAGUAUGCACAUCAACUUUAGACACUCUUCAUUGGCUGAGGA